AUGGGAAAAAAGGCGAUUUGUCUGUCUGUAACGGGGGAAAUGCCACUCUUCUGUAAUUGCACCAAACACGAAAUCGGGUAUGUUCUGGAUCGCAGUACCCUGAGGGCUCGAGCGAGGCAGCUUGGAGUUGCUAUGGCGAUCUUCUGUGACAAAUUGCCAUCGAGUAAGCGAUCCAUAAACGAGUUGAUCCCUACCGUCUGCGGAACGAGUGAUCGGUUGGCUUCAGUCGAGGUCAACUUUUCUGUACCCGACACUCGAAAACAUGCCUCAGUAGGCCUGUCCGUCAGUUCUACGCGCCAAUGUGACGCCAAGUCGUCAGUGUCUUGCCGGUCGUAUUCAUCCGAUGAGGAAUUUCAGCUGAAGGAAGUCGCGAGUCUGUCCUGUCAGGAGGCAGUGGAAGCUCAAUUGCGAGCAUCGGCAAGCUUUAGGGACGGCAUGUUCAGCCGAAGAUUUGUCAAAUUCUAA